GGGCGGUUGUUGCUGUGAAACAGUAUUCGGUGGGAUAUUGGCACUAGCUGAGUGGAGCUCGAGCUGUUACGGGUUUUUAGUUUAUAGACCCUUAUAUAAACAUUAAUACCCUUAUUAACAGUAAUAAUAAUCAUUAAUAAGCGCUUAUAGAUCAGAGUAGAGUAAAUUACCGGGUUAAUAACGGUGUUAUUGAGCUCUGCGGGGAGGAAACCGCGGACCGGGGCUCUGUUCAACCAUGAACCCAGAAUAUGAUUACCUGUUUAAACUGCUGCUGAUUGGAGACUCUGGGGUCGGGAAGUCCUGUCUUCUUCUGCGUUUUGCGGAUGACACAUACACUGAAAGCUACAUCAGCACGAUCGGCGUCGACUUCAAAAUCAGAACGAUAGAGCUGGACGGAAAGACCAUCAAACUACAGAUCUGGGACACUGCGGGUCAGGAGAGAUUUCGCACCAUCACCUCCAGCUACUACAGAGGAGCCCACGGCAUCAUCGUGGUCUAUGAUGUCACAGACCAGGAGUCCUUUAACAACGUGAAGCAGUGGCUGCAGGAGAUCGAUCGCUACGCCAGCGAGAGCGUCAACAAGCUCAUGGUGGGGAACAAGUGUGACCUGACCACCAAGAAAGUGGUGGACUACACAACAGCAAAGGAGUUUGCAGACUCUCUGGGAAUACCGUUCCUGGAGGCCAGCGCGAAGAACGCCACGAACGUGGAGCAGGCCUUCAUGACCAUGGCGGCGGAGAUCAAGAAGAGGAUGGGGUCGGGGACCAGCGGUGGGGGAGCUGACAAAUCUAACGUCAAGAUCCAGAGCACACCCGUCAAAACCUCCACCGGGGGGUGCUGCUGAGCUGAGAGUGUGUGUGUGUGUGUGUGUGUGUAAAUACCUGAUGCAGUGUGAGGUUUGUUAAAGGAUGCUACAGUAACUUUGCCUGAUGUUUGUAUCAUGCAUGCAGUGAAGCUGCACGGGCAGAUUUACACACGUUUCUGACGGUUUUGAGCUUCAGAGCCUCAGAUCAGUAGGUGAACAGAUUCAUCACACACCUUUACCAGGUCAGUACGUUUCUUAUUAAUGUGAGGGACUGCUGGAAACAUCUCUGGAGUGACUUACUGACUUUAAUAUAAAUAGAGAAUAAGCUGACUGAGCGCUGAUGAAGGGACUGAAGCUGCUGCAGGAUCUUGUUCAGAAGGUUUUGGUUUUGUUUGUAACUGUAACUGUUAGUUUGUUGUUAAUUUGAUGGUAUAUUUUGUUUUUAGGUUAUUUGGGGCGUGUUCUCAGAUAUAUUGUACAGAAAACCCUAACCCCAGACUUCAGAUGUUCGUGUUGGUUCACCAUUUCAUUUAAACCCAAGACAGGCUUCAGGUAGAGCUUCACAAUGAGUUUAUAGACCAUGGAAAACUGUGCAGAGGUGGGUGUCUAACAGAGGGGCAUUUUUAGGGUAAUCUCCAUGAUGUUUAAGUAUAAUAUGUAUGUAACUUGUAAUUUUACCCAAUUCCUGUUCGUAUUACCUCCCUCUAUCACUAGCAGAGCUGUACAUGUGAAGUCAGGCUCUGCCUCUUUUCCGUUUCCUUUCAGCUACCACUAAUCACCAAUGCAGCGUCACUUAGAGGAAAGCGCAGGAUCCCCUGCUCAGAUAAAUCAGCUAACAGCUGUGCUGAGCAGCAUCACGUUAAGAUUGAUGAGAAGAGAGAGCACCCCCUACUGUACCCACCCAGAAAUAAACAGCAUGGUCAAGUGUGCUCUCUCUGACUCUGGCUGCUGAUGCCAAAGCAUGGUCAGCCCAGUUUCAUCAGUUUCAGACUUAAUGAGAAAGAAAACAUGUAUAUCAGCUCUGGAAAAAAUUAAGAGAUCACUUCAGUUUCUGAAUCAGUUUUUUCGGAUGUUGCUAUUUAUAGGUUUAUGUUUGAGUAAAAUGUUGUAAAACGUGGUUUUAUUCUAUAAACUACAGACAACAUUUCUCCCAAAUUCCUAAAAAAAAUAUUGUCAUUUAGAGCAUUUAUUUACAGAAAUAAUGCAGACCUUAAAUAAUGCAAAGAAAACAAGUUCAUAUUCAUAAAGUUUUAAGAGUUCAGAAAUCAAUAUUUGGUGGAAUAACCCUGGUGGUUUUUAAUCACAGUUUUCAUGCAUCUUGGCAUCAUGUUCUCCUCCACCAGUCUUACACACUGCUUUUGGAUAACUUUAUGCUGCUUUACUCCUGGUGCAAAAAUUCAAGCAGUUCAGUUUGGUGGUUUGAUGGUUUUUGAUUAUGCAUCUUCCUCUUGAUUAUAUUCCAGAGGUUUUCAAUUUGGUAAAAUCAAAGAAACUGAUCAUUUUUAAGAGCUCUCUUAUUUUUUCCAGAGCUGUAUAUACAUAUUUUCAUCUUUAAAAGAGCGUUAAUGACGUUUGCUCAUAUCUGGUUGGUUCCCUCAUAAACAUGCCUUACUUGUACUGUAUGAAUUACUUCAUGCAGUAUAAAUAUCAAUGCAAACAUCUUUAUCCUAUAAAGAUUAAAGACUUUUGUCUGUAUUGUUACAUUACAUAAACCUUCAAAGGUACCCUAAAAAUAUCCUUUAGUGUGCCUUUAAUGUUCUUCAACUUCAAUGAAAAUAUUUUGUUUUUUUUGUUAGUUUUUUUAAUACAGUUUAAUACAGUUUAUUAUAUUACUGUUUUCACCAAAAACAUUUCACUGAAGCGGCGCUACAGGAUCAGGCUGAACUGUGUAUUUAUGUAAAUCUCUAUAUAUAUAAAUGAAGUAACUCCUGUAUUUGAGGGGGGAGGUUUCAGAAAGAAUUAUUAACGAUGGGGGAGAAGGGGGGUAGAGUAUAUAAAUAAACUCUUAUUUUCUCGUGUGGUUCAUGUCGUGAGAGACGUUGUUGGUUCUUCUUUUUCUUUUCUCUGUUUUUUGGGGGGUAUUAAUGUUUUGGCUCAUAUUCUAUGAAGGAAAUGUUCAAUAAAAAUGGUUUUAACUGAAA